AUGGCGGCGGCACCGGCACCGUCGCCGCGGUCGUUCAGUGCCGCCGAGGUGCGGGCUCGCUGCGCGCAGGGCGCCUGCCUCGUGUCCUGCCGCCGCCGCCUCUACGACCUGAGCGGGUUCGUGCGGCUGCACCCGGGAGGGGAGCAGCUGCUGCGGCGCCGCGCGGGCACCGACGUGAGCGCAGCCCUGGACGGGCCGCCGCACCGGCACUCGGACAACGCCCGCCGCUGGCUGGAGCAGUACUACGUGGGGGAGAUGGAGCCCGGCGAGGAGCAGAACCCUGCCAAGCCAGUGGAUGAGCAGACAGUGGGUGCUGCAACCCAGACCCCAGCAGGGAUGGAUCCCCGCUGUAAAACAGUGGAUGUGGGGAAGGACCUGGUGGACUGGCAGAAGCCCUUGCUGUGGCAGGUGGGCUACCUGGGGGAGAAGUACGAUGAGUGGGUGCACCAGCCCGUGGAUCGUCCCAUCCGCCUCUUCCACUCGGAUUUCCUCGAGUCCCUCUCCAAGACAGCGUGGUAUGUGGUGUUCAUGGUGUGGACUCCUUUAGUGCUCUAUCUCAGCUGGGUCAGCUACACCUCCCUUGCCCAGGGCAACACAAGGCUCUUCUCCUCUUUCACCACAGAGUACUCCAUCCCCGUCCACAAAUAUUACUUCCCCUUCAUCUUCCUCCUGGGGAUGUUCCUGUGGUCCCUGCUAGAGUACCUCAUCCAUCGCUUUGUCUUCCACAUGAAGCCACCUGCUAGUAACUACUAUCUCAUCACCCUGCAUUUCUUGCUGCAUGGGCAGCAUCACAAGUCUCCCUUUGACAGCUCCCGCCUGGUGUUUCCUCCCGUGCCAGCCUCGCUAGUGAUCGGCUUCUUCUAUGGCGUCCUGCAGCUCCUGCUGCCCGAGGUGCUGGGGCUCUCAGUGUUUGUUGGGGGCCUCUGUGGCUACGUCAUCUACGACAUGAUGCACUAUUACCUCCACUAUGGGUCACCGAAGAAGGGCACCUACCUGUAUGGCCUGAAGGCUUAUCACGUCAAGCACCACUUUGAACACCAAAAAUCAGGCUUUGGCAUCACCACUCGCUUCUGGGAUCACCCCUUUGGGACUCUCAUCCCUGAAGAGACCUUUGAGAAGAAGGACUGACGGCUCUGAUGGUAUGGCACCUGGCUGUUGGCUCUUCCCAUCCCGGGCUGGGGCUGGCGUCCCUCCAAGCCUGGGGAGGGACAGCACAGGAGCCUACCUCCUUCCUGGGGAUUGUGCCACAGCAGUGGCUCCACACUGGAGCAUCCCUGUGGUGCACUGUGGCAUUGCCAAGGGGGAUAGGGUGUGAGGAUGCAGGGAAAGGGGAGGAGGAGGAGGUUGUGGGGCUCCCUGUGGCACUCCUGCCCCUUCCUUGCUGCUCUCCUGCUCCAGGACAUGGAUGCAUGGGCAGAUCUGCUGCCUGAGACAUGAAGUGCCUGAUGCCACCCUCCCUCCUCUGCCCUGAACCUUGCUCAAGCCCUGUGGCCCUCUCUGGGCAUACAACACGCUGCAGUUAACUUCGUCACCUAACUUGUGCCGAGAGGCUUCCAUAUCCUGGAUCCUUCUCCCGGCCCAAUCCCACACAGGGUUUUCUUAGCCUGCAGUCUUUUGCAUGGGGAUCCUUUAUGUCUGUAUUUUGUCUUUUUCUAAACACUGCAAACCUAAAUCUCUCUCCCAGAUUUAUCAAGUUCAUGGGUUUUGUAGACAGUGGCUACGCAAAACUGAAACUCCAAUGAACAGAAUUACUACCUGAUACCUUUUUGCUGAUCCAGUGAUUGGGUUUGUGUUGUUUUUGUUUUUUUUUUCCUGAAUGUUUACUGCAGGUUUUGGAAUAAAGUUCUGUGUGAAACUGUAGACGCUACAAUUGUAAAUAAACUGUAUAUUGUGAAAAAUAAAGCCUUUUAAACAGGG